UCCGGGUCCCUCCUCCUCCCCUCCAGCCUAUCUGCAGUCUGCCUCGCUCCGCCGCUCUCAGCUGCUCACACAGCCAGGCUCUCCGCUUGUUUGGCACUUUUAGUGAACUUUAUCUCCUGUGUGACCGGUGUAAUCCUCAUCACUACUUGUGAGGGGCUUUGGAAAACUUGCUCUUGAACGAUGGACUGAAGCAACAACUCGACAAAGUGUGGAUACUUAGUGAAAUAAGAGCAUUUCUGUAGAGAGUGACCUUUCUUACCAUCAUGGAAGAGGACGACGGGCAUCACGAGAACGGUAUCCACGCCACGAAGGAGUCGGACCGACAGCAGCGGCUCCGGCUUUGUGUUUUAAAUGAAAUGCUCAACACCGAGAGGGAUUAUGUUCGGAUAUUGCUUUUCCUUCAGUCGGCCUUUUUGCACAGAAUCAGAAAAAAUGCAGAUGACCAACAGUGUCUCUCACCUGAACAUGUCAAGAUUCUGUUUUCAAACAUUGAGGACAUCCUGGAGUUGCACAAAGAGGUGUUGUCCGCAUUUGAGGCCAGUCUGCAGCCCGAACCUCAGCCCCAUCAUGCACUGGGACACGUGUUCCUGCAGUUUAGGAAGAGUUUCUCAGUGUACGGCGAGUACUGCAGUAACCACGAGAAGGCUUUGCGACUCCUCAUGGAGCUCAACAAAAUCCCCAACAUCAGGACCUUCCUGCUGCACUGUAUGCUACUGGGUGGGAAGAAGAGCACAGAUGUCCCCCUGGAGGGCUACCUGCUCAGCCCCAUUCAGAGGAUCUGCAAGUAUCCUCUGCUGUUGAAGGAGCUUCUAAAGCGGACCCCUAAGAAGCACGCUGACUAUCCGGCAGUGGAGGAAGCUCUGCAGGCCAUGAAGGCCGUCUGCUCCAACAUCAAUGAGACCAAGAGGCAAAUGGAGAAACUGGAGGCUCUGGAACAGCUGCAGUCCCACAUCGAGGGCUGGGAGGGCACCAACCUGACAGAUAUCUGCACAGAGUUGCUGCUUCAUGGAAAUCUCCUUAAAAUCUCAGCGGGCAAUAUCCAGGAACGCGUCUUCUUCCUGUUCGACAACCUUUUGGUUUACUGUAAGAGGAAGUCCAGGGUUUCUGGAAAGAAGUCCACCAAGAGGACCAAGUCUAUCAACGGGCCCCUCUAUGUGUUCAGAGGCCGAAUCAACACCGAGGUGAUGGAGGUGGAAAAUGUGGAAGAUGGAACAGCGGACUAUCACAGCAACAACUACACGGUGACUAACGGCUGGAAGAUCCACAACACUGCGAAAAACAAGUGGUUUGUCUGCAUGGCCAAAAAUGCAGAAGACAAGCAGAAGUGGCUGGAUGCCAUCUUGAGAGAACGGGAGCAGAGAGAGAGUCUCAAACUGGGAAUGGAGCGGGACGCCUACGUGAUGAUUGCAGCGAAGGGGGAGAAGCUCUACCACAUGAUGAUGACCAAGAGUCGCCACCUGAUUAAAGAUCGACGCAGGAAGCUCAGCAUUGUGCCCAAGUGCUUCAUGGGAAAUGAGUUUGUGUCGUGGCUGAUAGAGAGCGGAGAGAUCAGUAAGUCUGACGAAGGGGUCAACCUGGGACAAGCCUUGCUGGAAAAUGGCAUCAUUCACCAUGUGUCAGACAAGCACCAGUUCAAGAACGAGCAGGUGUUGUACCGAUUCCGCUACGACGACGGCACCUACAAGGCCCGCAGUGAGAUGGAGGACAUCAUGUCUAAGGGCGUGAGGCUGUACUGCCGCCUUCACAGCCUCCACACGCCUGUCAUCAAGGACAGAGACCACCAUCUGAAAACCUUCAAAUCGGUGAUUCCUGCCAGCAAACUGGUUGACUGGCUACUCCUGCAGGGAGACUGCACGACCCGAGAGGACGCUGUGACGCUGGGCGUGGGGCUCUGCAACAACGGCUUCAUGCACCACGUGUUGGAGAAGAGCGAGUUCAAAGACGAGUCCCAGUUCUUCCGUUUCUACGCGGACGAGGAAAUGGAGGGAACGAGUACCAAGAGCAAGCAGCUCCAGCGCAAUGACUUCAAACUCAUCGAGAACAUCUUAGCCAAGUCCCUGGUGAUUCACCCCGAGGAGGAAGACUACGGCUUUGAGAUUGAAGAGAAAAACAAGGCCAUUGUGGUCAAGUCUGUCACCAGGGGCUCACACGCUGAGAUGGCGGGUCUGCAGGUGAGCAGGAAGAUCUUCACCAUCAACGAGGACCUGCUGUUCCUGCGGCCCUUCUCCGAGGUGGAGACCAUGAUCAGCCAGGCCUUCUGCAUGCGACGCUCCCUCCGUCUGCUAGUUGCCACCAAGGCCAAGGAGAUUGUGAAGAUCCCUGACAACCCAGACAGCCUCUCCUUCAGACUGCGAGGCUCCUCCCCUCCACAUGUGCUCGCUGUCAGGAAAGGCUGGGAAGCGGCGGGGGCGGGGCUUCAGCCUGGACAGGUCAUCCAGAAAGUCAACGGCAACAACAUGAACCACAGCGACUACCAAGAGGUCCUGGAGCACUUCAGCGCGCAGCACACUCACCAGGAGCCUCCCCAAGCGUGUCAGUGGGUGUAUCAUGCAUUUGAGGAUGUGGAAGAGCUCCAAAGAGAAGGAGGCACAGGUGAGAAGGAGGAGAGUCCUUUCAGUCCUUACCCAGUGGAGAACGGCUCCGACCACGAGGAGGAGAACGGCACAAAUGGAACAGACCACCAGCUGGGCAGACUUUCCCUCUCCGAUGACCUUCCUAUGGUCAGUUUGACGGUAGAUAACGUCCACCUGGAGCACGGCGUGGUCUACGAAUACGUCAGCACCGCAGGCAUCAAGUGCCACGUCCUGGAGAAGAUGGUGGAGCCCAAAGGCUGCUUUAGCCUCACUGCUAAGAUCCUGGAGGCGUUUUCAGGCGAUGACAGCCUCUUUGUUCGUAACUGCAGCCAGCUCAUCUCCCAGAGUGACCGAGUCGUUACCAUGCCUCAGUACGAGUUCAGACAAAUCUGCGACACCAAGCUGGAGAGCAUCCGGCGGCGUAUAGACAGCUAUAAGCAGUUUGCCCUGGAGCUGAGAAACAAGGCGUGGCCCUCCUUCAGGCAGGCGGGGGUGCGCCCUCACCCACUGGGCUGCAUGGACUUUGUUCCCACCAACUGCCAAGUCAACUUCAUGCAGGUGUCCAACCCCAAGAGCACUACCUCCGCUGGCAGGACUUUCAGCAUCCGCUUUGGGCGCAAGAACUCCAUAUAUGGCCUGGAUCCUGACCAAGCUCAACUCAACCCCAUGUCCCACAUCCAGCACUGUGUGACAAGCAUGGGCGCUCCUUCCUGGAACUGUUCCGGCCUGGAAGAGGACGAGUUGGAUGGCAGUGGGGAUGUGAGCAUGGAUGGAGGCGAGGGGUUGAAUGACAGUCGGCGGAGCAUUCACAGUGAAGGCGGGUUGAGCUUCCUGCUCAAACAGGAAGAUACAGAGACCCAGGAUGCAUACAUUCACCUAUACAGCCGCCUGGACGUCGCUGUGCGGGAGAUGAGGCAGUAUGUGGCCCAGAUAGAUGUCCUCUUGUCGUCUAUCACGGAGCCCACGCAACUCCAAGGGGAGGGUGGGGAGCCUCCGGUCUACGAGCCCAGUCAGCCCCCGUCUCUGGCCCCCUGUGAGGACGGCUGUGAUCAGGACAAAGUGGAGCAGGGCGGCAUCAAGAGGGUCUGCUUCAAGGUGAAUGAGGAGGACCAGGAGGACUCGGGUCAUGACACCAUGAGCUACAGGGACUCCUACAGUGAAUGCAACAGCAACAGAGACUCAGUCCUGUCCUACACCAGUGUGCGCAGUAACAGCUCCUACUUGGGGAGUGAUGAGAUGGGAUCAGGGGACGAGCUGCCAUGUGACAUGAGGAUUCCCUCGGACAAACAGGACAAGCUGCACGGCUGCCUCGAGCACCUUUUCAACCAGGUUGACUCCAUCAACAGCCUCCUCAAAGGACCCGUCAUGACCAAGGCCUGUGACGAGACCAAGCACUUUUACUCCGACCACAGCCAACCAGAGUUUAGACAAACAGAGGAUUGGACAGUGCGUUGUCGUUACAUCAUCCACAAGAACAUCCAGGAGGACCCUUGGAACCUGCCUAGCUCCAUUAAAACUCUGGUGGAGAGCCUGCAGAGAUUUGUGGAUGAUGGGAAGAACCAGCUUCUCCUGGCUCUUCUGAAAUGCACAGGUAGCGUAACACAUACGUCUCUGCAGCUGCGACGGGACGUGAUCUUCUGCCAGGCGGCGACGGGCGCUCUGUGCACGCUGGCGGAGCAGCUGCUGGCGGCGCUGCGGUCGCGGUUUAACAACGCCGGCGAGUACCAGGAAGAUGGAAAGGAGACCAGCCGCAAGUGGCUGGAGCAGAUAUCUGUCAUCGGCGUGCUGCUGCACUUCCAGUCCACACUAGCACCGCACCUGAAAGAGGAGCGCACCAUGCUGGAAGACACCAAGGCGGCCCUGUUGGACUUGGACAAAGUCACUGUGUUCUUCAGGCAACUGGAGGACGAGUGUCUCGUCGCAAACUCACCAGUGUGUUACCAGGUGGAGGGCAGCAGACAGGCCCUGAGGGUCACCCUGUUCCUGGACAGCUGUCACUUCAGUGAGCUGCCCAGCCGGCUGCAGAACGGAGGCAGCCUCAAACUGCACACCGUCCUCUUCACCAGGGCUCUGGAGCGUCCGGAGGGAGUGUCCCAGCAGGACUACGCAGCCAUGGAGGAGAUCCAGCAGCGCACCAACGCUGUCUCACUGGAGAAGGUCAAGGCUUACUACCGCAGACUCAGAGCUUUCUAUUUGGAGAAAUCCAAUCUUCCUACAGACUCAAACACCACAGCAAUGAAGAUCGACCAGCUGCUGCGACCCCUCAACACGCUGGACGACCUGUGCCGACUCAUGCAGUCGUACGUCAACGUGCGGCACAGCGCCCAGGGCCACCCGUCAGGUGUCAGCGUGCUGUGCGUGUCCUCGGAGCUGUGUAACCGCCUGGGAGCCUGCCACAUCACCAUGUGUGGCACCGGCAUGCAGAGAUGUACCUUGAAUGUGACACUGGAGCAGGCAAUGAUACUAUCGAGGAACCACGGUCUCAUGCCGCGCUGCAUCAUGCAGACCAUGGAUAUAAUGCGCAAACAGGGGCCAAGAGUUGAGCUCUCUGCUAAAAAUCUCAAAGUUAUGGACCAGAUGACUCCAGCAUUCCCAAGGCUCUUCAAGCUGUGUUUGCCACCUUCAGAUGGAGACCUCUAAAGAAAACCGUCACUUCAGCAAGCUUGUCAGAGAAAGGGUGAAUGUGAAGGAUAUGACGAGAGAUGACAUUAACAAAAGAGUGCGAGUCUCACCGGUUUCUGUCCAGGAGAUCCUCCCCCACUGCUCCAUUUUCAGGGAUCAUUCCAUCACGGAUACCACUAGUCUUCUGUGCAGAGUACAGACAAAACACAACUGUACAAAUGACUAAUGACAGCUACCAGAGAGCAUCUACAGUGAUAAUGACACAGCCUGAAACUCAAGACUAUGUACUGCUGUUGGAAGCCAACCAGAUAGAAGUGUUAUUGCUUUGCCUGUCUGUCUACACACAUCUGGUGCGAACAUAUUCACAAGUUAAGAGGAGAGGCCAACUUCAGGCAUCACCCAAUGAUUAAGCUCCUCAUCAAACUCUUAUUAUUAACUGGAUUAACCAAACUACCUUUUAGUUGACUGUCAUCUUAUGUCUUGGACUGCAACUCCUGUCUCUUUCUCUGUUUGGCUGGUGUUCCCCAGGGCUUAAUGCUGGGACCCCGAGAGAAGUGGAAUACCCUGGUAUUUGACAUAUGUUGGCUGACUGAAUAGAUUUGAAAGUCAAAGAAUAGACAGAGAGAUGAAAGUAGGGUUUGAUGGAAAGAUGAAAAGACGGAUGAUAGAGGGGGAGGGCUGCUCUUUCAGCCCUUUGCAUGUGGUUACUGUGCAAUUACUGUAGGUUUUAGUGUGAGUACUGUAUUACGGCACUAUAUGAAGGAUAGUUAUUUAUUGUGUCCGGAAGGAGUAUUUUUAUCCCUCACUUAUACUAUAUCAGGUAUUAAAGAAUCUAAAAGCAUUCCAUCCUCCGUAUUGAACAGUAUUUAAAGGACCAAUGGCAUGCCUUUUUUUAAUUUUAUUUUUAAGACUUAACUGCUUGUGUGUGUGUGUUUUUUUAAAUGUAUUGACACGUCAUAUAACGUCAGGAAGUGUUACAUUCAGGGAGAGCAAAAGGAGGGAAGAGGAGCAGAAGCUAGCUAAUCCGAAUCAGGACAAAGGAAGCUAAAUCAAACCAUACAAGGCUGCUUGUCAUAAGCACACGAUUCAACAGGUUAUUAAAUUAUUAAUAUAUUAAUUCAAAAUGUGCUAGUUGAAGGAUUGCCUUCUGUCAACUAAGACAUUAUUUUGAUUUUUUUUUUUAAUUGGUUUUUACAUUGUCUGGGAACUGUUGUAUUUACUGUAGGUAUUCAAAUAAGCACAAUGAUUGGUCCAUUCAAGUGUUAGCAAAAAGUACUGUAAGCAGUUUGUGGGUGACGUCAACAAAGGGAUCGUUUCAGAGCUGAAACACAGUAACAUUAUUUUACAAAAUAUUUUAAGUUGUACAUACAAACUGUAGCAAAGUCAGAUAAUAAUAUAUAGGAUAUGUCUGAUUAAUGCUAUAAGGGAAAUUUGAUUAUUUUGAUGGUGUAAUACAGUAAUUGUGAUCAUGACUGUGCAUUUUGAAGAGUUUCUCUUUGCUGAGCGUAACCUCACUGACAACGUUUUGACUGUUAAAAAGGUUGGACAUGCAUUUCAUAACUCUGUCUGGACAUGCUGCGUUCAUUAGGCAGAUCACUUAGUCCUUUUUAUUUAUUUAAAAGCAAUCGGAGCAUGUGAGAAUAAUCUCCCCACAUCCCUUGGCAGUAGCAUGGCCACUGUCAAUUUCAACCCUCUGUUGACAUGUAAGACUCAGCGGAUAUUUCUCCUUCCCCCUCAUCAAAUGUGCUCUUAGUCCGAGCAGUGUAUAUUGUAUAAAAAUCCCAGAAUGCAGCAUUUAUUACCAUAAUCUGGUUCUACGUGUUUUACCAGUUUAAAUUAGCUAAUGACUGCAGCAUGUUGGUGUACUGUAGCUGGACAAACAAUCAUGUCACUGAUUACACUUUUAUUUACAUUAUUCUAAUGUUUUUGUAUAUACUUUAUUUGCAAUUUUGAUGUUGCUUGAAAAUAACUGUACAAAGGAAUCUUGUUUGAAUCUUUCUAAAAUUAUCAUUGUAAAUGCAAUCUUAACAAGUUAGAAAAUAAAAAUGUUCACAGUAUGAUGAUGUUGGCAA